UGAUGAUCGCUGCUGGGAGAGAAAGAAGGAUUGGAAAUGCAUUCAUUCGGUGUCGGAUCGCCGUGUCUGCUCGCCAACCGGUGCCGCGCUUUUAUGUUAAAAUCAUUAUAAUAAUGAUGGAAGCAAAAGCCUGCUAUCGCUGCGAGCUGCAAAUAGACACACGACGCUGGGGACAGAUGGAAACGGAAUAGUGGUCGCAAGCAGCUUGGUGGGGAAAAACCAUUCUGCAAUAAUACUAAUCGGGCAGCACGUAAGUUUGGUAGCGAGAUUGUCUGCAGUCACAUUGGGACAAUGCAAGGGACAGGGCAGGAAUGCUGUUAUUUUCAUUUACAUUAUUGAUAAGGACGUGCGGAUUUGGGUUGUGAGCUGGCCGUGUUUUAUUGUACAGUGAUUUGCACAGUGGUGUAAAGCAUGUAAUAUCUGUACCGUUCUUAAAGCUUUGCAAAGACCGCAGUGUGGUUAUAUUCCUUGCGAUUCGGAAGGUCCGUUGCGUUUUCACCUGGAAGGUAUACACCUAUUUUACUACUAGCUGCAUCUUCACUCCAAACGGAAUACACUUUGCACUUUAUAACGUUUUUUUUUUCUUUUUUUCUAGGAGUAGAUUUUUUUUUUGUUUGUUUAUUUUUGGAUUUGGUUUCACAUAAACAAACGAACAAUUUCUGCGGGCAUUCCAGGUGCGUUUAGGUCCGGACUGUAACAAUAUUAUCAUUCUAUAAUUUAAGGGAUCGUUUUUCUUUUGCUGUUUUUGCAACUAAAGAAUGUACCUUUUGGAUGGUAAUUGCCCUGAAAGGAUGCAGAGGGGAACCCCGCAAAGGAAAACCGUGUACCGGAUUUCUUUAACUCUGGUUAAAAAGGAAAAUGUGCUGGAUGGGGGAGGCGGCGGAAGCAGCGUGGCGCAUCCCAGGUUUGAGACACCAAAAGUGGGCACUCUCAGGCGGGAGGGCGCCUCCGAGAUCCAGCGAAGCUGCCUGUUGGAGGAGCUGGAGGAAGAGGAGGACGAAAUAGACGAUUUCUCCACACAGAAGUAUUUGAGAAACUUCAGGACGUUUAGUACCGGUCACCUUGAACUCGGUAAGUUAAAAAUCUCCAGGAAAACGCACCAUUUUCACAAGGACCUGACGUUUAAAUUGAAAGAAGCCGGCAACGCUGCAUGUUCAGCUGGCCUGGAACUGAGCACAAGUCCGAAGAGAGACGGGAUCCCGGCUCGCCCUGUAAGCAUGGUCGCAACUGUGAACUUGGGUUUGGAAAAUAAAAGGAACGUUUCGCGUUUAGGGGAAAGUCUGGGAGCUACUACUGUCGAGGUGUUUAAAAGGGAGCUUUGCACUAAUGAAAAGGGACCACAAGUGCGUACUGACACAGGCAGAGAAAAGGCAGCUAGAGCUGAGUCAAAAGACUCAGUUAAAAGUGCAGGGGACCAAGGUGCGCUCCCGUCAGAGGAGCAAAGAGGAUGCCCUAAAGAAGGGCAGGACAUGGGGGGGUAUUCUCAGGACACUAAUGGUAAUUUCUCUGUCAGGAAUAGUCGUGAAUGUGAGAAUUCCAAGGCUGAAACUCCCCGUUCACCCGUGAUAUCAGGACCCCCAACCUUAGCAGGGAUAGGGUCAGGUAAAAAGCACACUCCGCAGACACCCCCCCUAGCCCCCGACAAGAGGUCCCCGGGUUUACUGCACAGGAGCUUCAGCUUCAGACACUGGAGUGGUGGGGAGCUGCCCAGGAUCAGAACCCUGACUCAGGAGAAGCACCACAGUAGCUCCAGCUGUAUUGGGGAAGGUGAGAGCAACGCCGUGGUCCUUCAGAACCCCUCCUGCAGUGAAGCAGGGUGCAGCGAGAAGAGGAACACCUUAGACGUGGGGGCGGUCCUGAAUAAAACAGAUUCCCUGACCGACCUGGGCAGGUGGGAGAGAGCGAACGGGAAGAACAGGACUCUGGAUAACAGCGACCUGCACAAGUUGUCGGAGAGGGACCUGGACGAGAAGGAAGGCUUCCUCCGCGGCGGGGUCAGGUCUAGCGGGCAGGAGCGCAAGCUGCUCAGGUUCUUCAGCGGCAUUUUCUCCAAAAAGGAGGGCACUUCCACGCCGUUUACGAGCCCAAGGGGGAACUGUCUAAGGGAUAGCAGUAGCGGCGCCAGGUCUAAAGGGUUUCUAAGCUCCCAGAAGAAGUCCACUCUGGGAUAUGCACAGUCCAGCACUGAGAGUGUGAAUGGAUCUCCUCUUAAAGAUGCCUUCGUAAACAGCCAGGAGUGGACCCUCAGCCGCUCAGUCCCAGAGCUCAAAGUGGGCAUUGUGGGUAAUUUGGCCAGCGGUAAGUCUGCCCUGGUGCACCGGUACCUGACGGGGACAUACGUUCAGGAGGAGUCUCCAGAAGACAUCGAUGCAGGUGGCCGCUUCAAGAAGGAGAUUGUGGUGGAUGGGCAGAGCUACCUGCUGCUCAUCAGAGAUGAAGGGGGCCCCCCGGAGACACAGUUUGCUUUGUGGGUGGAUGCUGUCAUCUUUGUCUUCAGCCUGGAGGAUGAGAUCAGCUUCCAGACGCUCUAUCACUACUACAGCCGGAUGGGCAACUAUCGCAACCCUGCCGACAUCCCCAUGGUGCUGGUCGGAACCCAGGACGCUAUCAGCUCGGCAAACCCUCGAGUCAUUGACGACGCCAGGGCGAGGAAGCUGUCCAAUGACCUGAAGAGAUGCACGUACUACGAGACCUGCGCCACCUACGGGCUCAACGUGGAGAGGGUCUUCCAGGACGUUGCUCAGAAGAUUGUAGCGACUCGGAAAAAGCAGCAGCUAUCUAUCGGACCCUGCAAGUCUCUUCCCAACUCCCCAAGCCACUCCUCUGUGUGCUCAGUCCCCAUCUCCACAACACACAUCAGCCAGACGAGCAAUGGUGGAGGCAGCCUGAGCGAUUACUCCUCCUCCGUCCCUUCCACCCCCAGCACCAGCCAGAAGGAACUGCGGAUCGACGUCCCGCAGAGCGCCAACACGCCCACGCCGGUGCGCAAGCAGUCCAAGCGCCGCUCCAACCUCUUCACUUCUCGGAAAGGAAGCGAUCCAGACAAGGAGAAGAAAGGACUGGAGGGCCGGGCAGACAGCAUUGGAAGUGGCCGAGCGAUCCCAAUUAAACAGGGUAUGCUCCUGAAGAGAAGCGGCAAGUCUCUGAAUAAAGAGUGGAAGAAGAAGUAUGUAACCCUGUGCGACAACGGCCUGCUCACCUACCACCCCAGCCUUCAUGACUACAUGCAGAACGUCCAUGGCAAGGAGAUCGACCUGCUGCGCACCACCGUGAAGGUGCCGGGGAAGAGGCCCCCCCGCGCCAUCUCCGCCUGCGCCCCCCUCUCCAGCCCCAAAACCAAUGGGCUGACCAAGGACAUGAGCAGCCUGCAGCUCUCCCAGGCACCAGGCACAGUGACAACCAGCACUUCAGCAUCUCAGAUGGCCAGUGGGAUCAACCUGGUUGCUUUCAACAGCCGACCGGACGGGAUGCAUCAGCGGUCCUACUCUGUAUCCAGCGCUGACCAGUGGAGUGAGGCCACUGUGAUCGCAAACUCUGGCAUCAGCAGUGACACAGGCCUGGGUGAUUCAGUGUGCUCCAGUCCCAGCAUCUCCAGUACCACCAGUCCCAAACUGGACCCCCCUGCCUCCCCGCAUGCCAACAGGAAGAAGCACCGGCGGAAGAAGAGCACCAGCAGCUUCAAAGCGGACGGCGUCUCCGGUGCAGCCGAAGCCAAACGUAAAACUUGGAAACUAAACCGUGUUGGUAGCCUGCGCAACAUUUACAACAGCAGCAGCGCCAACACUGAAGAACAAGAGGAGAACUUUGAGUUCAUCAUCGUGUCACUAACUGGGCAGACGUGGCACUUUGAGGCCACCACCUAUGAGGAGCGGGACGCCUGGGUGCAGGCCAUCGAGAGCCAGAUCCUGGCCAGCCUGCAGUCAUGCGAGAGCAGCAAGAACAAGUCUCGCCUGACGAGCCAGACAGAGGCCAUUGCCCUGCAGUCGAUAAGGAACCUGCGUGGAAACUCUCACUGCGUGGACUGCGAAGCACAGAACCCUGACUGGGCCAGUCUGAACCUGGGAGCGCUGAUCUGUAUCGAAUGCUCGGGAAUCCACCGGAACCUUGGCACGCACCUGUCCCGGGUUCGAUCCCUGGACUUGGACGAGUGGCCGCUGGAGCUCAUCAAGGUCAUGUCGUCCAUCGGCAACGAGCUGGCCAAUAGCGUGUGGGAGGGGAGUGCGCAGGGGCGCAUGAAACCUGCACCAGACUCCACCAGGGAGGAGAGAGAGCGGUGGAUCCGGGCCAAGUACGAGCAGAAGCUGUUCCUGGCGGCCCCGCCUCUCGCUGACCUGCCCCUGGGGCAGCACCUGUUGAGGUCCACUGCAGAGGAGGACCUGCGCAUGGUGGUGCUGCUGCUGGCACACGGGGGGCGAGAUGAGGUCAACGAGACCUGUGGGGAGGGAGACGGGCGCACAGCUCUGCACCUCGCCUGCCACAAGGGCAACGUCGUCAUCACACAGCUGCUGAUAUGGUACGGGGUGGACGUGAUGACCCGGGACGCCCACGGGAACACAGCGCUUGCGUACGCGCGGCAGGCCAUGAGCCAGGAGUGCAUCGACACACUGCUGCAGUACGGCUGCCCCGACGAGCGCUUCGCUCUCAUGGCCACACCCAAUCUGUCCCGCAAGAACAACAACCGUAACAACAGCAACAGCGGCAGCAUCGUAGGGGCGGGAAGGAUGCCGACCAUCAUCUGAUGCUACUGCACCCUGGUGGUGACCCCUGGCACUGCUGCCUUUUGAUUUUGAACAGUCCUCUCCAUUUUGUUUGGAUUCUAGCCUGCAUCUGUGUUAAUAUAAAAUACAUAUAAAUACAUCUACCUGGACUCAUCGGAGAACAGUUUGUAAGAGUUGGCCUGGAGGUUGAGGAAAAAACCACUUCCCAAGAAAAUUAGAGAGCGACUUGUUUGCUUCAUAGACUGUGGAUUAAUAUUAGAUUUUCAACCUUUCUGUACUGAUAAAAGCAGUCAUGCACACGCCUCUCCUGUGACGUAUAGGUAUCAUUUAGUGGAAACCCAGAGGCUAUCAUCCUUUGCUCUAGAACUUUCAAAGAGAAGCAUUUUCACAUUGUUUGCACUUCCGCACCAGUGGAGCUGGGAACUGGGAACUGGGUCUUGGCUUGUCCCCAUAGGAAAGCCUGACAGGCUGAGUCAGAGGCCCAGGCAGGACUUUGUCAGGUUGCAAAGCUCUUUGAUGAUUUGUGUCAAACCAGUCAAAGCUAAUCUGCCCGCUGGAACCAUGGGCUUCAUUUCAGUCAUAGAGCAGAGUCCCUUCUCUCUCUCUCUCUCUCUCUCUCUCUCUCUCUCUCUCUCUCUCUCUCUCUGAUACUGUCGCUAUUUUAUAGUUCUCUGUAAAUAAUGAAUCAAGAGGAAUUUAAGAGCAUUAGCCGGGCGAAUGAUGGGUGUGUUUUUAUACCUUUAAUUCAGCCUGGAACCUUGAAUACACACUUCUGCACUCCGUUAUGACCAACCUUCUCUUCAUAGCGUUCAGAACAAAAGUCACAAGAGAAGGGAUUUUAGUCGGGAAUAUGUACAUAUGUGAAGAAAAAAUAAUCGGAGGAAAGAACUGUAUCAUUAAAAAAAAAAUGACCCCAGUCUGCGGUAGCAUUGUGCUUGCUUUCGAAAUUAGAUAACUUGUUUUUUCUAGAGAAUUGCUACUGGUCAGUUCAGAGCGGUGGCUCUUCUCUUUUAGAAUUCAGAAGCGUUGUGGCUUUGUUUCGUUAUUUUAUUUUGUAUUUUUUUCGCCACAAAACUAGUUUGUUUUCACUGUUGUGAUUCUUUCACUAAAUUAUGCAUUUUUUUCUUUGGUAUUCUUGGUUGUUUAAGUGAUGCAAAUGUGAAGAUAUCGUGUGUGUGUGUGUGUGUAGACUUGACUGACUGUAUGAUUGUGUCUCUGUGUGUGUGUAUUGCAAACCCAAGUUUCAAUGUAGAAGUGUGGAAGCAUGUCUUUGUUGUUUUUGUUUUGUGUGUUUAAAUCAAUGAAAAGUUGGAGUUAGUGCACUGUGACAGAAUGCCGUACAUUUUGUCACACAGUGUUGGACCAGUAUACUUAGGAACACUACAAGAGCUGGUAAAUACCAUGACAUUAAAAAUGACACCGUGUCAGUGAACUUUAUUAUUCCAGGGUUUAGGUUCCAGGGACUAUUCAUUCAUUAUCUAGCUGUUUGAUAUUCUCUGUGUGUUGCCCUGUGAGCUUCUGUUACCUGUGUGUUUUGAGUCUGGGGAAUUCAUGUAUUCACAAUUGAAUGUAUCAGUACUACAUUAUAUUUUGAAAGCAGAAUACCCAUUUUCUUUAUUAUUUGUUAUAAUUAAUAACAGAU